AUGGAUGGUGGUGAUUUGAUUGAGGAGCCAAAAAGGGGGAUGGAGUUUGAUUUUUUUGAGAAAUUAAUGAGCUAUUAUAAGCUAUAUGCUAAGAAAUGCGGGUUUGGAUCCAUGACACAAAGAAGUGAGAGGGAUGACGAUGGGAGUGUCAAAUGUGUCACCUUUGGUUGUGCUUGGGAGAGAAAGGCUCGGAAUAAGACGAUGAAUGUUGCCAAACCACGUUCGACAGGAAAGACUAACUGUAAGGCAAGGGUUAAUGCCUUAAAAGUUGAGAGAAAGAUGUGGUUGACUACAGUUCAUAAUACCCACAAUCACGGACUAAGUCCACAAAAAUCCUGUUUCUUUCGAUGUAAUCGCAAAAUUAGUGAGACUGUAAAAAGAGUACUAGAUACUAACAACCUGGCUGGCAUCCGAAUGAACAAGAGUUUCAGAUCUCUUGUUGUUGGCAUGGGAGGAUUUGAGAACCUCCCAUUUUUGGAAAAAGAUUGUCGCAACUACAUAGAUAAGGCAAGACAUCUACGACUUGAAGUAGCUAGUGCUGGAGUGUUGCGAGACUAUUUUUCUAGGAUGCAUUACAAGAAUCCUGGAUUCUUUUAUUUGAUGGAUUUAGAUGAUGAUGAGAGAUAUGGGAUGCCCUUUGCACCUUUUGUUGGUGUAAACCGUCAUGGCCAGUUGAUUCUCUUGGGAGCAGGGUUAAUUUUAAAUGAGGACACAAACACUUUUUUAUGGUUAUUUCAGACCUGGCAGCAGUGUAUGGAUGUCUCCGAGAAGACUGGCUCCCAUCGUGCCUACAAAAGUGGCCUAAAAACUCAGCUGAUGAAAUCUGUGUAUAACACUCAAACUAUUGAAGAGUUUGAGAAAUCAUGGAAAAAGUUAAUUAGAGCGUACACCUUGCAAGAGAAUAUCUGGUUACAAAGUUUGUAUGCUGUGUGCACACAUUGGGUACCGAUAUUCCUAAAUGAGUAUUUUUGGGCUGGCAUGAGUACAACCCAGCAGAGCGAGAGCAUGAAUGUAUUUUUUGAUGAAUAUGUUCAUGUGAAGACAAACUUGAAAGAGUUUGUCAACCAGUUUGACAGUGCCUUGAGAAAGAAAAUCGAGAAUGAAGUCAGCGCUAAUUUUCACUCAUAUAGCAUUACAAUUCCAUGCAUAUCUAGAUCCCCAAUUGAAAAAAAAAUUCAAGAGUUGUAUACGAAUGCAAAAUCCAGGGAAGUUCAGAAGCAAGUUAUGGGUUUAGUAGAUAUGGAUCCUUCUCUAUUUGGACGGGAUGGUGUGAAGAAGAUCUAUCUAAUAGAAGAUGAAGUUUGUGUUGAUGAGUUUACUAAACAUGUUACAUAUUAUAUGGACUUUAAUGAGGAAGACUGUGAUGUUAAGUGUUCAUGUUCAAAAGAGCAUACUGAGGAUGAAACUAAAAAGUUAUAUGCAAUGAUUGAGUUAUAUGGUGACACCCGAGAAUCCCCUUCAAUGGCCAAAACGGCUUCCAUGAGUUAUGUGAGGAAAAUGCAGACCACCAUCUCUGAGUGGAGCAUCCAGGAUGGAGCAAGACAUGCAAAAAGUUAA